CUCUCCCACACUCACGACCUCACGACCCCAUAUUAUACCCCCGCGCUGGACCGCCGAACCACUUCUCGUUCGCCGCACUUGCCCUGCACCUGCACCACUCGAAGCUGGAACGGCCCUGCCCGCCAGCAAUCCGCCAUACAUUCCAAUACUACCGAUCGCAUCUAGUCGCGUCCCGACCUAAUGUCCACAAUGGAGCGCGAACACUCCCAGGAUCGCGAGCUUGUGCGCCACCAUGGCUCGUCGUUCUCGUCGACGGACCGGUCGAUUCCCAUGUGGGACAGCGCCGACCCUGAUCGCGCACCGCCACCACUGCCGCUGAACCCCGGCUCGCCUACACUCACCACUCGUCCCAACACAUCAGCCGCGAUAAUGCGCGCCGCUAAGGCACUGGAAGAGAAGGCCCGGGAGAGUCUGCCCACCAGCUCAUAUACCACCAACCCAAUGCCGUCGCGGUCGCCCGAGCGCUCGCUGGUCAAGGGUAACCAGCAUAAGCGCAUGCAGUCGUUACAACCCAGCAGCGUCCGCGAUCUGCGCAGCUACCUGGACACACACAAAUCGUCUGACCGCUCGCCUGGGCGCCCCAACGAACGCCCCCAGACACGAGAUGGCUCCCGUUCGCGCGAGCGUGAGAGAGACUACUUUGGCAAGGAGCUGGACCCCAAGUUUGGACAACUUGGCAGCCAGUCGCCGUCAUCCACCUACGACUUCACACACACACCCACUAUCCGGCCCAGCCAUAGGACUAUUCUGGGAGAGAACACACCACCACCUUCUGCCACCAUGAAGGCGCUGCAGACCAUGACCAUUCCUCCACACAUUCUUGACCCACCGCUCCAGAAUAUCACCAACUCGUCCAUCCUUUCCCCUGCGCCCCCGCAGCCUCUCGACUCUAUUUCUACACAGCUGCUCAGCAUCACAAAUAUCGUGUCGAGCCUGCAGAAAGACAUGUCCCAGCUGAGUCGCAGGAGCAAAGACAACGCCACAGACCUCAUCAGCCUGAAGGAAGCGACCAACAGCCGAGAUGAGGACAUCCGCCAGUCGCUGAAGGACCUGCUGAGCACUAUGGGUGAGAAGCAGAAGGCCGCAGCGGCAGCGGCAGCAGCUGUAGAGGAGGUCCGAUCUACGCCGCUGAAUCUUCAUGACCCUCACAUGACACCCACAAAGCAGUUCACAUUCCCUCGCAUGUCGUCCCCGAACGGGUGGGCAGACGAGAGAAUGGGAAGCCCCAACCCGUACUCGGUCGAGGGCGCUGCCAGUGUUGCGAUGCUGGAAAAGAUUAUCCGUGAGAUGGUCACCAAAGACGGCCAGGAACGCUUGAUUGCAACCUUGCAGGUCAUCGUCGACAAGGCCAACGGCGAUACUGCGCAAAAGGUCUCCGAGCUUGUCGAGUUCGUCAAGUCAGGAUCGGCCACCAACAACCUCGCGCCGCCUGGCUCCGCUUCCUUCCAGCCAUCUCCUGGAUCCGGUGCGCUCACACGCACGCUCUCAGAAGGGCUCACCCAGGCCCAUGCCAGUCCGAAAGCAGCCGACUUUGUCAGCGAUGAAAUGUUAAACUAUCUUCGCAAGAUCAAGGACAGUGCCGCUGAUAACGGCUGCGUGACGAUGGGCACCAAGACCCUUGUUCAAGAAUUGCGAGGUGAGGUUUUGGGCAUGGGCCGGGAGCUAGCUCGCAAGAUUGAAGAGGCAGAACAGUCCAAACCACAUGCCGACCCCGAGCACACCACACAGGAAAUCAGCGCCAUCAUCCAAGAGGGCCUUGAUGAUGUCAAGGAGUACAUGGACAAGGUGAUGCGCGAACGCAGGCGACAGUCCAUGUCUUCAGUGGUCACUCGUGGCACCGUCGAUAACAACGAAGUCUACGAUGUCGUCAAGCACGCGCUUGCGGAGCGUGGCCUCGACCAAUACAGUGCACCGGGCGCACCUCUCGACAAGGAAGCUAUUGUGACUGCAAUUCGCGAAGCCUACGACAGCGUCGAGAUAAAACCUAAUGUCGAGAUUCAGCAGUUCGGUCUAGAGCGAGACGAGAUUCUACAGUGCCUUCGGGAAGGCCUGCAGGAUUAUAACGGCUCCGGUGCGGUUUCGCGAGAAGAGAUUGGAGACAUUGUCCAGGAGUCGCUACAGCAGCUGCGUCUGCCUCCUCCCGUCAACGAAGCAACUGAGAUGCGAGAAGAGAUUCUCAUGGCUGUCCGUGACUCCCUUGAAGAACUCAAACCAUCUCUUGUUCCCCAGCAGCAGUCUCAUGCUGACGGUCUUACUCGCGAUGUCAUCUUGGAUGCCAUCAGAGAAGCCCUCUCCACACACGAAUUCGGACCACAAGAGGUUGAGAUCCCUCAAGAAGCCCUAUUCGACGCUGUCAAGGCUGGUCUGGAGGCGUCGCAGCCUGAUGUCGAUGCCAACAACGAGGUUGUUGUGCAACGAAUCCAGUCUCUCGUUGAUAGCAUGCAUUCCGAGUUCAAGGCGUAUUCUGCAGCCAAUGGACGCGACACUGAGCAAGUCUUGGAUGCCAUGCACGAUGGUCUAGAGAAGCUCGCGGCUGACCUACAGGGUCACUUCGACAAAGCCUCCAAUGCAGCUCAGCACGAAGCUAUUGUUGAUGGCUUCCGCGAAGAGCUCGACAAGCUCCGCGAGGACGUGCAAGGCUAUGUUGCCGAGGGGCCUCGCGGAGAUCAAGAGUGGAGUCGUGGCGACAUGGUUACCUUCAUCAAAACCGAACUGGAAAACCUUCAUGAGGGCUUAAUCGGAAAGCUUUCGAGUUCUUCUGGCGAAAAGGAUGAGAUUCUCGCUGCUUUGAAGUCAGGCUUUGACGAGAUGAACUCACAAGUCGCUUUACGCAACGAAGAUGCUGAUUCGAACGAAGACAUCAACGAGGCCUUGAAGCAUGAAUUCGAUCAACUCAAAGAGGUCAUUCUUGGUGACACUACAGGUCACAAGAACGACAUUCUGGAGAAGCUGGAAGCCGGAUUUGACGGACUGCAAGUCGGUCUACGCGAAGCAACUGCUACUUCGACGCCAAGUGAUGAUCUCGUGGCCACGAUGAAGGCGGAAUUCGAAGAUCUGCGUGAGAGCAUCGCCAGUUCGCUCGUGAAGUCUGGUGGCACCGACAAGGACGAUGUCAUUGACGCUGUUCGUGAACUCCUUGAAGACCUGCAUGCAGCUCAAGACACAGCAUCCAAGGAGAAUAUGACCGUCCUCCAAGCUGACCUUGGAGCAUUGAAAGAGUCACUUGGUGGCGCUCUUGUCCCUGCUGGCGAUAAGGACAAAGCUGAGGUCUUGGAUGCUAUCAAGGCCAGUCUCGAGGAGAUCAAGACGUCUACUGCAUCAACAAGUGUCAACGAGGAGCUUCUUGAAGCGUUCCGUGGAGAACUCGAGCAGAUCCGCCAGUCCGACGGCCUUACUCGACAACAUGGUCGUGCCGAUACCGAGGAAGUGCUAGAUGCCGUUCGCCUUGGGCUUGAUGAUCUGCGGUCGCACCUUGAGAAGAAACUCGAUGGCCCUCGAGAUAGCUCCUCAUCUAGCGAGAUCGUUGACGCUUUGAACGAUGGCCUUGAGGGUUUACGAACGGACGUCACCAAACUCGUAGGCAAGCCUGUUGACAUGACAGUAUCCUACGAGAUCUUGGACACUCUCAAAGAUGGCAUUGCUGCUUUGCGUGAGGAUGUUGCGCUUCUCAAGGGUAAGGUUCCAGCCUCAGCGCCAGCACCAGAGGUUGAAAUCGAAGUCGAAGUCGAUGCCGAUGCCAUCCCUACCGGAAGCGAGAUGGUGCUCGCCGAAGCCCCCAAGGAUGGACCGAUUGGAGAUAGAGGAAUCGCUGACGAACCGGCUCCUGCGGCGAAGACUGAGGAGGUUAAAGAGACAACGAGCCGCGACAUUGUCGCCGAUUCUACUCAGCGUGGUGACGUUGACAAGAUGGAAUUCAUCCUUUCGCAGAUACACGCCAAGGUUGAGGCUAUGGAUGCAACUAGGCAGACCGCCACUCCGAGCGCUGAAGCGGCUGUACCUUCUGGUGCAGCUGUCAAGGAAGAUCUGGCCUCCAUCGAAGGUAUGCUGAAGGAAGUACAGGCCGCGGUUUUGGUCCUGCAAGAACGCGCCACCCCACCACCGGUCCUGGAAGGCUUCGCCAAGAAGGAAGACACAGACGCCAUCGAGACGCUUGUCGCCAACACCAAAGCCAAGAUCGAGGAGCUUGUAUUCCCUGACCCCACAACUACCGCCACGAAGGAGCACCUGGAGGACGUCGAGUUGGUCGUGCGAACCACUUCCGACGCUCUGGACGCUCUCGCCAAGAAAUUCGAGGAGGAAGGAGCGACCAAGGUUGAUGUCACUGUUGUGCAGGUCAUUGCCGACGAUAUUAAGACGGCUCUUGAUGAGAUGAAGGCGGCGAAUCCUGUCGAUGAAGCUAACCCGAAAGCCACCAAGGCCGACGUCGAUGCAGUCACUCUACUGGUUGACGAUCUCAAGGUCAAGCUUGACGACAUGAAAAUUCCUGACCCUGAGGAGAUUCCUUCCAAGGCAGAGAUGGAGCAGCUGACUGGUCUCAUUCAAGAGUUCCGCGACAGUCACGAGAAGAUGAAGGAUACUUACGAAGAAGACAUCCUGAAGACCGCGAAAAACUUCGAUGACCGCCGUGAAGAAGCUGAAACCCUUAUUGAGAACAUCGCUGAGGUUAAGACUGCUCUGGACACCAUGAAGGAGGAGGUCUUGACCAACUUCGCCGAGGGUGGCUCCAUCGAAGGCUUGCAGACAUCUCUCACCACACUCCAGGAGACCAUCGGCGCUAACAAUGUUACUGCUGAUGUCAAAGAGCUGAUGGAGACGUUGAUUCGCGAGUUUGAGCGUGCUCAUGGCUCUAUCGAGGGCCUACAGAACGGCCAUGCCGAAAAAUCGGCACUUCACCUCGAGAAGCAUGAUGAAGUCAAGAGCGCCAUCGUUGCUGACUUCACCGAGAAGCUGGAGGACAAAUUCAACACUUUGAUGUCCAAGUACGAUGACGCCCAGCUCCUGGCAGAUGAGCAAGCUCGAGUCAUGAAGGAGAAGUCCGAAGAACAGGAAAAGAUCCUCGAGACCACCAAGACCAUGGCUGACGAGUUGCGUUUGACCAUUGACACGCUUGGUGCCACCAUCGCUGGUAUGAACGAGCGCUUUGAAGAGCAGCAGACAAAGAUGGGUGCCGAUACAGCCACGACGUUCGAGAAGCUGGAUGGUUCUUUGGAGAAGAUUGAUGGUGUUGUGGCCAAGUUCGAAGAACAGAAGCUCGAAGACAAGUCAGAGCACUCUCACACCCGCGACGAGGUCAAGAACAUCGAGAAGAUCUUCCUCGGUCUCCAGGACGAGAUCACUGAGCACAAUCCUAAAUUCAUGAUGGCACUUCGUGAGAUCGAGGCCCUCGUUAAGGCCCACUACGAUCACGCGCAAAAGUCCAAGGAGGAAGCCGAAGAGCACACUCGAGCAAUCAAUGAAGAAGCCAAGGCACGAUCCGUGGAGAUCCAGAACCACUUUGCGAACCUGCCGAAGCUUCUACCUGCUCCUCCACCAGAGCCCGAGAAGUAUGACGACACUCAUUUGCAGAAUAAGCUUGACAAACUCCUCGGCCAUGCCGACGAUGCAACUAAGGCGACCGAUCAGAUGGAGCGUCUCGACGAGAUUCGUGUCCAGGUUAGGGCAACAGCUGUCGAGAUCAGCGACUUUGUCGCAAAACAAACUCAACUCACCCUUGAAGGUAACGAGUCGAAGGAGCGCGAGGCAGAGGAGCUUGCUCUCCUUGUCGAGCGUCGCUCUGCCCAAAAGGAACAGCUCGAGGCUGACCUCGACAACCUCAAAAUGGAGAAGGCCACAUACAAGGAGCAACUUCAUGCUGAACUGGAUGAUCUGAAGGCCGAAAAGGAAUAUGUGCUGCAGGAGUUGAAGGAGGAGAAGGCACGUGUUUUGGUUGAGCUCAAGGAAGAGAAGGAUCGUGCAAUGCAGGAGCUCAAGGAGGAGAGAGAUUCUAUGCUUGCCAUCGUCGCUUCUCUUCAGGCAGAGCGGGAGAAUCUUGGUAGCCAGAAGGUCCGUCUUACUGGUGAGGUAUCUUCUCUCCGCACAGCACUCGACAUCCGUCGCGAAGAGCUGCACCUGAUGGAUGCAAAGGCCGACGCGCUUGAACGUCGCAUCUUGAACGGCAUCAUGGACCACUCUCGAGCCCUGUUGAUCGCCAAGGGCUCCAAGAGCCCUAGCAAGUCAAAGAAGCGCACGAGUGUCGACGGCGGUGCCGAGCGCUCGCUGCCAUCAAACGCUGCCGCGAAUGCGAUCAACAUGGCUCUCAAGCCUCGUCCCGCAAUCCGCCGCAGUGCACCCAACAGUUCAGCAGACCGGCGCAUUUUCUCUUUGAGUCAAAUCAGCGGCAAUGCCCCUCCAGCAGCGAAAGCCCAGCUAGCGCCUCCCGCCGCGGCUGUCAGCAGUGCCGGUCUCAAGCGCGCCCACUCUGUUAAGACCAGCCCUCGCAAGUCGUCUUGGAACAGCCGCCCCAGUGCUGUGGUGGCCAACAAGGAGAACGCACCCCUCAUCGAGGAGACCGAGCCAGACACAGAGAAUCAGGCACCUGCAUCAAAAGCUCCUUCAACUAUCGCUGAAGAUGAGCAAAGCGAGGCGGGUACUGAGCGUCGCUACAGCGUCGCUAGCGAGUCCAACUACACUGAAAGUCACGCAGAUGGUGAGACCAUAGGCGAUGAUGGUCGCUCAAACUACGGCAGCGAGUAUACCUACGGUUCUGGCUCGUAUAUGACCGGAAGUGAUGUUGAACGUCGCACAUCGUAUGGCUCGACCGUUGCUCGCUCUACCGUCCCUGCUGAGAGCGCGGUCGACGGCGCCUCGGAGUCUGAGUCUGAAGAGGAAAGCGAUGACGAGCGGGCAACUACGGUUGCUGGGUCAGAGGUCUCAGGCAUCACAGGAUCCGAGGUUUCUGACAUCACGGUCUCCCAAGUCUCGGAAUUGCCUAUGCCCACCGAAUCGGCUAUCGAUCGUGCCGUAGCUGCGGUGGCCGCGGAGAUGAAGGAGAACCCCAAAAACUUUACCCCAACCGACUCCGGCCUCGGUACCGAGCCAACUACAGCUAUGCUUGAGCACGGUACCCUGGUCGACGCGGACUAUUUUCGACGCGCUGCCGAGGAGGACAGCAUGCUCGGAAGCACUGUUGGCUGAGCAAGCUCGCCGACGACCUAGACCACUGUUUACGCGAGACUGGUGUCUGCUCUCGCCACCGAAGUUGCUCUCUACAAGAUCUUGACUCGCUCGCUAGAGCUUGAGGACAUGAUCUCGCUGCAUGGUUUGAGAUUUUGAAUCAAGUUUUGGGGGGCUUGAGUUGGUAUUGUUGAUUGAGAAUACUGAGGUGUAUGGGUGGGCAUCACUGUGACACGUAAGCGAUGGGAAUGGGUCAGGCGCUGAUUGUGAUGGUUUGGACUGGGUGGAAUGGAAUGGAUUGGAACGAAACUGGAUUUCUGACUUUCGCUUGUUCUUGUACGUAUGUAGUCUCACGGCGUUCCUUUUCUGGGUCUUUGGGUAAUGGGAUGCGAUGCGAUAAGGAAAUACUUUUGGUGUAGACAGGCGAGGGGUGUUAGCUUGCCAGGCAGGCGUAAUAUACCCACCAUUGUUCAAUCUCGAUCCUUAUCUUGGUGAUCAUAAUGUAGG